AUGUUCGAGACCAGCCGACAAGGUCGAGUGACUUAUUCUUCCUUAGAUUCGCAUGGCGGUUUUACGAGCUCGGAUCUUGUCCCUCAUCCCGUUAUCGAAUCAAACGGCCCUUCUCGUACUCGCUUCACUCCCAACUUAGAUGGGACGAGUGUGAGUGGUGCGUCCGGUUCUAGCUUACCUCACCGGUUUUCGUGGCGCAGUCGCAGUCAACCACCGUUCAGCGAUGCCGAGAGUGCUUAUCGGGAAUUGGCCAGUCCAAUAUUCCUCAAUACCGAGUCUAACCAGCAGAUGGCUAGUGCCGGAACCGAUGCUUCCUCUAACCCCAGUCCAACAGCGCGUACCAACGCUACCAGUAGCUGCACAAGUGUGGCUGUCGAUCAUACCACAAACCGUAACAAUGAUAGUGAUCCUCCUUGUAUGGACAAUCCCGGGACGAACAUAGACGUGUCUCCCACGGGCGAUGGUGUUACUGCAAGUCAACCACAAGCUGACCAACAAGAUUCGCGUCCUUCAUCUGGUCGAGUGGGAGGAUCAGGUGGCAGUGCUUCUUCACCUCACUCGAGCGCAACAGACAACACGUUCUUUACUGUUCGGUUUCCCACGCGUCGCGAUUUAAAUCCUUCGACAAAUCUAUCCACUGCCGCUGCUUCUAGUACGAACCAAGAGCCGGAAGCUGAUCACGAUUUUUAUCGUUCUGAUCCCAAUCGACCACCUUAUCGGACUGCAGAUCAUCCACAGAAAAUCCUGGUUGGUUUAAACGAUUUGAGACAACGAGGUCAAUUCUGCGACGUGGUUCUACAGGCAGGCUCAACUCGGUUACCGGCUCAUCGAAAUGUAUUGGCUUCCAGUUCACAAUAUUUCUAUGCCAUGUUUACCGGACCCAUGGCUGAAGCUCGUUCACCAUGCGUACAAAUUCAGGGUAUUGAUGAGAAUGCCCUAGUACAGUUAAUAGAUUUCAUUUAUACUGGUGGUGAGUUUUGA